UGUUGCUAUCGUUUGGACACCAUGUUGUGCCUGAGACGGCGACAUGCCUUCAGCGUCUUCCUAUUUAUAAAUAUGCCCUCCCCUCCCAUGAAUAUAUACCCACACAUGAAAGAGAAAACGUGACCAUGACUGCCACCGAUGGACUUUCCGUGAAACCUCAAGAGACUGUUGCACCACCUUCAACGAUUUCGAAAUCGCCUGCUCCCCCAAAUGGUGGCUUUGCAGCCUGGGUGGGUGUGUUCGCUGGCUUCCUUUUGUUCAUCACCACUUGGGGGUUUUCGACGGCAUACGGCGCCUUUCAACAUUUUUACCAAACGAAUCUAUUGAGCGAUAGUUCACCAUCGCAGCUUUCUUGGAUUGGCACUGUCAAUGCUUUCUUCCUAAUUUCUUCUGGUGUUAUCGCCGGCCCACUGUUUGACCGGGGUUUCUUAAUUCACCUUAUGAUUGCGGGAUGCUUCUUAACUACGCUGGGCCUGAUGAUGCUAAGCCUUUCUCACAAAUACUACCAAGUGCUCCUCUCCCAGGGUUUCUGCUGUGGAAUUGGUAGUGGACUCAUCUAUGUGCCGGCCCUGUCUAUGGUGUCUACUAGUUUCACGACUCGGAGGGGCAUCGCUGUCGGCGUGGUGACCUGUGGCGCCAGUGUUGGCGGAGUUCUUUUCCCCAUAAUCUUCAUACACCUGCAGCCUCGGAUCGGCUUUCCCUGGACAGCCCGAGUCAUGGGAUUUAUCCUGCUGGGCUGUUCAUUUAUCGCGGUUCCUUUACUGAUGCUGACCACAAAGCCGAAACGCGGUUCUCCACGUCAAUUGAUCCAUUGGGAUGCGCUCAAGGAGUGGAGUUUCAAUGCCUACGCGGUGGCUAACUUUCUCAUGUUCUUGGCCUAUUUUGUACCGUUGUUCUACGUGCCCGUUUUCGCCUCGCAGGCGCUCCAGACUUCGACCGAUAUGAGCUUUUAUUUCGUGUCUAUCUUGAACGCUGGGUCCGCCGUGGGCCGAUUGGGGUCAGCAGCAUUGACUCGACGGCUAAGCGCUGGCGUUAUCCUGAUUACCAGCGUGUGUGCAUCGGCGGUGUUGAUCUUUGGCUGGAUUGGUAUCACCACACAGUCAUCAUUUAUUACAUUUUGUGUGCUGUUUGGCAUCUUCUCCGGUGUGCUGAUCUCGGCCAAUCCCCUGGUCAUCGCACAUCCCGUUGUCUCGCCCACUCCGGCCAUGAUUGGCACGCGCAUGGGCAUGCAAUGGUUUGCAACCAGCCUUGGAGUAUUGAUCGGGGCCCCCAUCGCGGGUGUGAUCGAGGGCCGCGGUGGAGGCAACGGGUACCUAGGAUUGCAGGCCUUCAGUGGAGCCAUCAUGACCGGCGGAGCGCUGUUCUUGAUGGUGCCUCUAUUGGCCGUCUGGCGAUAUGACCGCCGCCAGAAAGAGUCAGAAAGAUAAGACUGCAUAUCCACUAAUGAACUGCUUCUGCCAGCAGGCGUGAAGUGGACCCCCUCGGCUCAAGGCUACUAUUCCACUGUGCCUUCACCCACGAGUUCUUCCUUCUCAAGCCCUGGUCUCUAUGAGGGAUGUCGAGAACUAUUUACGCUCUCGCUCGUGGCCUCGAGAGUGAACCCUCUCC